GAGUGGUCCAGCCCAGAAAUAGUCGGUCAGUCCAUCGAUUGGCCGGAUCGCGAUCGGGUAGUGCUCGUCGUCGUGGUCGUUGUUGUUUAUCCGGAUCAACCACCCGCUGGCAUUGGCUGGCUGGCUGGCUGGCCAGGUUCGGAUUGUUUAUUAUCAAUUGAUUUACGGUCGUUACAAAUGUGAAAUUAUUGGCUAAAUUGUAUUCGCAGUUGGGUGGAAAAUUGUAUACACAGAUAAAAAAAGUGAACAUUGAACAGAAUGAUCAGUGCCGUAGGUCAACAGGACGAUCUGCUGUCGGAGGUUCAGCAGUAUCACCAGCACCUGGGACAUAUUCCACCGCCGAUGCUAAUUCCACCACCCCCUCCGCCACCAGUGCCUCAGCCGCAGACGCAGUCCUAUUCACACUCAUAUCCUUCCUCGACGACACCGCCGCCUCCCCAACACCAGCAGUACCAUACACCGUUCAAUCCGGCUACGUUGGCCAUUCCCAUCCCAGACAAUCUGAGAUUGAAAUCUGACUCAACCCGGAUAUGGGGCUGCUGGAAUGAUGCCGAAGCCGACUCUAUAGGAUGUGUGGAGGUGCUGGCCACGGUUUGUUCGACCAUACUGAUGGUUCUGACACUGCCCAUAUCGAUCUUCCUUUGCUUCAAGGUCGUCCAGGAAUACGAACGAGCAGUCAUCUUCCGACUCGGUCGAUUAAGAUCUGGAGGUGCUAGAGGUCCCGGUGUAUUCUUCGUCCUGCCGUGCAUCGACAACUACUGCAAGGUAGAUCUACGUACCGUAUCGUUCGACGUACCUCCGCAGGAGGUUCUAACGCGCGACUCCGUAACCGUUUCCGUCGAUGCCGUCGUGUACUAUCGCAUCCGUGACCCGUUGAAUGCCGUCGUGCAGGUUGCCAACUACAGUCACUCCACCAGACUGUUGGCUGCGACUACCUUGAGAAAUGUCCUCGGUACGCGGAAUCUGUCCGAGCUGCUGUCGGAGCGGGAGGUAAUUUCCCACUCGAUGCAGGUCACUCUGGAUGAAGCCACCGACCCCUGGGGCGUUCAAGUCGAACGCGUUGAAAUUAAGGACGUCUCCCUGCCGGACUCGCUGCAGCGUUCGAUGGCUGCCGAGGCGGAAGCUGCCCGCGAAGCCCGUGCCAAGGUCAUUGCCGCCGAGGGUGAAAUGAAGGCCUCUCGAGCACUGAAGGAAGCAUCCGACAUUAUGUGUGAAAGUCCGGCAGCUCUGCAGUUGCGUUAUCUCCAGACUUUGAGCAGCAUUGCCGGCGAAAAGAACUCGACUAUCAUCUUCCCUCUACCGAUCGAACUAAUCGGACCGUUGAUGAACAUCAGCUCGAGUAUUACCAGCAGAAUGGCGGCUGCACCGGUGGCUCAACCAGUGGCGGCACCUGCUGCUAUGCCUCAUCCAGAAGCAAUCGACUAGCAUUUACCAAUGGAAUGUAGACAGAUGCUGUGGCGCUUCGACUCGUUGUAGGAAUGGGAGUUGAUAAAAAUUA